AUGGUCCGGCCCCGGCCCCGGCCCCGGCCCCAGUCCCGACACCGAUCCGGGUCUCGACUAGCGCCCUCACCGCCAAGCACGUCCGAAACAUGGCCGCCAUCCCGGCAACCGACGACAACAUCACAUACCGGGCAUCGACGACACCGCAUUCCACUCGCCACAUCCUUCUGCUUGGCCGCCCUGGCGGCAGCAGCAACGCCAGUGGCCGCCAUCACGCUUCCCUACACGCCCACUACCAUUUUGCUUUCCGGAUCUCGGUCACUUCUCUCCAGUAACUCGGCCAAUCAUGGACUCGCAUACAUCUUCACCCCUAAUGCGGACAACAACGGCGUUGACUUGCUCGCCGUCAACACCUCUUCGACUCUGGAUGCCGAUUCCUUCAAACCGACAACACUAACCUCUGGCCUACCCUUCGUCACCAAGUCGAAAACGGGCGGAUUUGCGCCAACGUUAUUGGAGAAUGGCACUUUGGCAGUGUUGGCAGGUGACUGUGCCGCUGGACGUGCGUCAGGUUAUGGAGACGAGGAUGCCACUCCCGCGGUAUGGAGUUACACUCCCUCCUUCGAGGAAGACGGUGACGCAAAAGGCGACUGGACAAAGUACAGUACCCAGCAGAACCCCAAGAGCAGUAUAGGGAUAGGAACAGGAAUCCCUUGCCUCCUCGGCUCUUCACUCUCCUUCUCAUCACAAAUCUAUCCCACCCUUUCUGAUCCCGUCAUCUACAUCUACGGCGGCAUGUGCCCCUUUUCCAACUCCACAGCGUCGACAUGGCAGGCAUCAGCGCAAUACUCGAACCGUAUGCUCAAGAUCUCUUCUCGUUCUUCAGACUCUUCUGUAGCGAAGCCUUCAAACAAUACACCUCCUGGAGGCGACGACAUGAGUGAUGUUAUAGAACCGGAAAAUAACAGCAAUGGAACCAGCUUCACAAUCUCCAACCCCCAACUUGGCGGCCCUCCUAUCCCGGAAGCAGGCUUCACUUUCACCCCCUUGACACCAAGUAUCACGAACCGAUCCGGCAUCGUAACCCAGCAGACCUCUCAUGUGCUGCUGGGCGGACACACGCAGCAUGCCUUUGUCAACAUGAGUACCGCGGCUAUCUGGAGUCUGCCGGAAGAGACGUGGAGCUACGUGUCGAUUAGUCCAUCUGCAGAAGAAGCAGUCGGGCCGUCAGUGACGACUGUGGAUAGCAGGUCAGGGCACACGACCGUGUUGAGUGAGGAUGGAGACAGCUUGGUCAUUCUAGGAGGCUGGGUAGGCGAUGUGUCUCAACCGGCGGAGCCACAGCUUGUGGUAAUCAAGAUUGGGGCAAGUUAUGAUGAUUGGCGGUGGGAGAUUCCCCAAGACGAUCGGACACAGAUAUUCGGAGAAGGAGAGGGACUCUAUGGUCACGGUGCUGUGGUCCUGCCAGGGAACGUAAUGAUGGUCUACGGAGGGUGGGCAAUCAAUCCACCAAAGGCAGCUUCUUCCAAGGCAAAGGCCAAGAGAUGGCUCAAGUCCUUGAUAGGUAUCACCGAUGGCAGCAACCUCGAGAAACGACAGUCGACUGCUGUCACGAACACUCUGAGAUUCUUCAACAUAACGUCUCAGUCCUGGUCGACAGCCUAUACUAACCCACGACUUAAUUCGAAUGGCAAUCCGACCGUCGAUAUCCCUCCUACCACAAGCGAUCCACCUGCUACUAACAAGGUCAGCCAGAAUCUCGGUCUUACACUUGGAUUGGCUCUCGGUCUCGGGGUUCCACUCGUGGCUAUCAUCUUCGCAAUUCUUUUCUUCCUAUGGCGCCGACGACAACGCCGCCGGGCUCAGCGCGACCGAGCUCUUCGCAGCUUGUCCAAGGGCAUGACCCCUAGUAUCUACGGCACAGGUUUUGGGGGUACCAUCAGGCAUAACAUUCAUGACUGGGGCGAGAAUCCAUCCAGUUACACCAGUUACGACAAUGAUUUGGCCGAGCAAGGAAGCAGCGGAUUCGGCUUCCAGUUCCCCUGGAACACCAACAGCGACUCGAAUGGGCAGGGCACCCGGUAUCUGAGUGGUGGGUAUCAAGUUGUUGGUCAACCAGAUCUUUACCAGCCAUCCGGCCCGCCGGCUGCUAAUAGCACCGGGUCCGGAGUCGGCAGGUUACGCAACGCGAGGGGCCUCUAUAUCCCUACUCAUGGUAUGGAUUUUGCGCCGCUGCCUGGAAGAGAGGACGUGAAUCCUAAUGGGAUCCACCCUAUCUACGAGGAAGCAGAAGAAGACGACGAAUACAACGAGAAAGACGGAAGAGAUCUAGGGGCGUCCGGGCGGCUGAUCAGCCCCGAAUAUGACGACGAUCCAUUCAUUACCCCGGCCGGAAGCAUCCUACGGGCUGGAGCUGUGGCCAGCACGCCAUAUGCGCCAACUAGCAGUGAGAGCGGAAGCGGAGGGAGUCUGAACGAAGAAAAGUCAAGCCCCGGCUUACCACCGCCUGAGGUCCUAUCCUUCUCUCCAAAGCAGGGGCAAUCUCAAGACCCGGAAGUCCGGGGCUGGAAGACUGAUGUGGACGUGGCGGACGCCGUUCUGGCCGCCAAAAUCAGCCGGCAUGGAUCCGUGACUACCACUCACCGGGCAGCUACCGCUGCUUCGCUCGAGGCUGCCACGCACCAGCCCCUAUCACCUACUAGUACAACAACGCGUGUGAUAACAUCACCUGCCCGCCGAGCAUCCAACAAGUCUACCAAGUCUAGGGCCUCCAACUCAUUGAGUAAGAGCAUGGUGGAUAUUUCGGACGACGCCCGCGCAGGCAGCGACCAUCGCACGGGAAGCAACCUUUCCGACCGCAGCGCAUUCAGUUUCAUCUCAGGCGGAGAGCAUCAACAGGCGCCCCCACUCUCCCCUGCCCAUCAUCAGCAUGUAGCGGCCGCAGCAGGAGAUAUUCCCAAACCAAGAAGUUUCGGCAGCGGCGAGUCUGGCAACAGCGGCAGCAACCACUCCCUCGUAGCCCCCUCCGCUUCUAGUGGAUCCCACUCCGGUUCGACAGCCUUCGCAUCCGCCAAAUCCAAUCUUCCCACGCCAACUCCCAACUUCAACUCCCUACAGGCCGAAGGCGCUGACCUUCUGUUUCCUAUGUCCGGGUCAGGCAACAACGAGCACCCGAGUGCGGACGAAGGCGGGGAACGUGAAGAAUCCGAAGAGGAUUGGGAACCAAUCCCUAGUUCGCCAUCCAAAACUCGUCGAAACUCCCGUCUCGACUCCCGUCCGCGCAGCUGGCUGGGCAGCCUUAAGCGGAUGCUCAGUGUCAACGGAGGGUCGGGCGGGUCAGGCAGCUCCGGUGGCGUUGAUAGUCCAACCAAGGAGAGCUUGUUGCAUAGUAACGAAGCUAGUGGUUUUGAUCACCCUCACCUCUCAUUGAUCGGUUUCAAUCCCGGCGCCUUGGGCUUGGGGCUGGUGAGGAGGAAGCAGGGCCGUGAGGCCUGGGAUAUCAAUGGAGAGAAGUCAUCGACUGGUCAAGCCGCUGGAGGGGAGCAUAAUGACACCGCGGGGGAUGGAGGCCAGGGAGAUGAGUGGGAUGUGGAGAAGGCGGUCGAGCAGCGGUUGGUGCAGGUGAUGUUUACUGUGCCCAAAGAGCGCCUGAGGGUGGUAAACGCGGAGAUUGAGCGGGAGGAGUCUAUCAUUCUGUGUGAUGUCAAUGAGGGGGGCAGCAGAAGUAGUAGAAGCGGAACCCCCAGCAACAUUGAUAAGGGGAAGGGGAAGGAACGGGCCGGGGGACAGACACCGGAUACCAUCGAAAUCAUUGCCGGUGAGAGCACGAGGAAGAUAUCCAGCGGUAGCCAACAGCAGUCAGAGCACGAACUCCAGUCGGAGACAAACCUGCCGAUUCGAGGACCGGGAAAUGAUACAAACUCUGACUCUGAAACCAACCCGAUGCGAACGCCUGCGUCAGAAGUCCCCGGUCAGGACCAUCCUCAGAUCUAUCUUGACUCAAAUGGGAGCCCUACACGCAAACGGACGCCCUCGCCGUUCCCUCUGCUGGAUUUAGCCCUUCCAUCUCCACUCACCCUUUCCCUCUCGCAUCCUACCUCGCCAUCACUCUCCCCCCAACUGCCAGAAUUUACUCAACGACAGCCUCAGCAGCAGUCGUCAGACUUCUCAUUCCUCCAACCUCCUUCUCCAACCAAAACCCGCACCGCCAUCCGCAGUCAACCAAGCACACUGGGUCUCAACCCCACAACACCCUCGUCUGAGGGAUCCGGCUUAACACCAUCAGGAGAAACCCAUAUUCAAAUCACCCCUGUACCCUCGCCCUCUCCCGAGAAAACCUAUGACCGUGGUCACACCCACCGCAGAUCCUACGUCCCCUCCAUCCGCUCAACCUACAGCGUGCACUCCCUCCGAAGCGUAGCAAGCGGUGUAUCCGACACCGGCACCGCGACGCUACACGUGGCCGAGGCGGUCAAGAUGGAGAAGGUCGCGCUGCCUUCGGUGUCGGAGGUGCGGACUUCUGCUGAGGCGUUGGCUGAGCUGCAGCAACAACAGCAAGAACAACCACACGAGUCGUCGUCACUCGGUUUGGAGUUGCUUCAUUCGCAGUCGCAGGCAAUGCAACCUCCACCACCGCGUCCGUCUCCCUCUCCUGGCCCUGGUGCGCUACCCAAGAGGACGAGAACGAGGGUUUUGGACUUGGUGGAAAAGUUUGAGAGUGUUGGUUCAGCAGGGAGCCGGUCGUCGAGUCCGGCGCCGUCGGCGGUGAAUGAAAAUAUUGGUAGUCGUAAUGGCAGUGUCAGCGGACGGCCGGGGCUAGCGAGGAGACAGACUGGGAGCUAGGUAAUUACCAGUCGGUUCUCUUAUGGUUAAUGUGUACGAAAGGCAAGAUGGUUCCCCGUUUUGUCAGCUGGGUUUGAUCUUUUGGGUUUCCAUGGAUU